CAAAGCCUGCCAUUACCACCCUGGCUUUCUGUAACUGGAAUCUAGCUAGGGCCUGAGGAAGCCCAUUAUGAAAACACCCAUUUCCAUACACUCUGCACUAACACACUAAGCAAUUUGGACUCUGCUGAGGAAGGCCCAUGAGGGAUUUUCCCCCCCUUUUUAUCUGGGUGACAUUGAGAAGACAGUCACAUGAUUUGGGUGGCUUUCUAGAAGAUGACCAUAGAGGACCUCCCAGAUUUUCCAUUGGAAGGAAGCUCGCUGAUUGGAAGAUACCCAUUUUUAUUCACAGGCUCCGACACACCAGUUAUCUUUUCCAUUUCUGCAGCACCAAUGCCUUCGGACUGUGAGUUUUCUUUCUUUGAUCCCAAUGAUGCAUCAUGUCAGGAAAUUCUCUUUGAUCCCAAAACUUCAGUCUCAGAAUUAUUUGCUAUUUUAAGACAAUGGGUUCCUCAGGUCCAGCAAAACAUUGACAUUAUUGGAAAUGAGAUUCUUAAGAGAGGCUGCAAUGUGAAUGAUAGAGACGGACUGACAGACAUGACUCUGUUACAUUAUACUUGCAAGUCUGGGGCUCAUGGCAUCGGUGAUGUUGAGACAGCUGCAAAAUUUGCAGCUCAACUUAUUGAACUGGGAGCAGACUCGAGUUUACGGAGUCGCUGGACAAACAUGAAUGCCUUGCAUUACGCUGCAUACUUUGAUGUCCCAGAGCUUAUAAGAGUGAUUUUGAAGACAUCAAAACCAAAAGAUGUGGACGCCACUUGCAGUGACUUCAGUUUUGGGACAGCCUUGCAUAUUGCAGCGUAUAACUUGUGUGCAGGAGCUGUGAAAACCUUACUAGAGCAUGGAGCGAACCCCGCAUUCAGGAAUGACAAAGGACAGAUCCCUGCGGAUGUUGUUCCAGACCCAGUGGACAUGCCUCUGGAGAUGGCUGAUGCUGCAGCAACUGCUAAGGAAAUCAAGCAGAUGCUCUUGGAUGCAGCACCGCUGUCCUGUACCAUCUCGAAGGCCGUGCUUGCAAACUGUGAUCAUGUUACCAGCAAGGCCAUGCUGACAUCUCUUGGCCUGAAGUUGGGGGACCGUGUUGUCAUCGCAGGACAGAAGGUUGGGACAUUAAGAUUUUGUGGAACUACUGAGUUUGCAAGUGGGCAGUGGGCUGGCAUUGAGCUGGAUGAGCCAGAAGGAAAAAACAGUGGGAGUGUUGGGAGAGUCCAGUACUUCAAGUGUGCUCCCAAAUAUGGUAUUUUUGCACCCCUUUCAAAGAUAAGUAAAGUAAAAGAUGGGAGGAAAAAUACCACACAUACUCCUUCCUCAAGAGCGGCGCCCCAUGUCCGGUCCCAGAAGGUUGAUGUAGCUCAUAUCACAUCCAAAGUGAAUUCUGGGUUGAUGCCAUCAAAAAAAGAGAAUGCUUCUGACUCCACACUCUCAUUGCCUCCCAGUGAAGAGCUGAAAACUGUAGCAGGAAAUGAUGUUACCCAGCCUGGGUCCAUCAGCAGCUCCUCCUCCACAUCCUCGCUGGAUCACAAGCAGAGCCACCCAAAGAAACUGGCUACAAGCAGCAAGGGCAAGAAGACCCUGGCCAAAAGCCCCUCUCUCCCAUCCAGAGCCAGUGCUGGUUUGAAUUCUUCAGUGCCAUCUACAGCAAAUAAUACCUGCCAUGAAGGAGAGCUCCGCCUUGGAGAAAGAGUGCUUGUGGUAGGCCAGAGAGUGGGGACCAUAAAGUUCUUUGGGACAACAAACUUUGCUCCAGGGUAUUGGUAUGGCAUAGAGCUGGAGAAGCCCCAUGGGAAGAAUGAUGGUUCUGUUGGAGGUGUGCAGUAUUUUAGUUGUUCUCCGCGAUAUGGAAUAUUUGCUCCCCCAUCCAGGGUACAGAGAUUAUCAGAUUCCCUGGAUACACUUUCAGAAAUAUCUUCAAAUAAGCAGAAUCGUUCUUAUCCAGGUUUUAGGAGAAGUUUCAGCACAACCUCUGCUUCUUCCCAGAAAGAGAUUAACAGGAGAAAUGCUUUUGCCAAGUCCAAGACCACACUGCACCGCAGCUGGAGCAGCAACACCACAGCAGGUGGCCUUGAGGGUACCACAAAGCUGCAUGAGGGCUCCCAGGUCCUGCUUAUGAGCUCUAACGAAAUGGCUACCGUUAGGUACGUGGGUCCCACGGACUUCGCUUCUGGCAUCUGGCUUGGACUGGAGCUCCGAAGUGCCAAGGGAAAAAAUGACGGUGCUGUGGGUGACAAGCGCUAUUUUACCUGCAAGCCAAACUAUGGAGUGCUGGUUAGACCAAGCAGAGUGACCUACAGAGGGAUUAAUGGGUCAAAGCUCGUCGAUGAGAGUUGCUAAGUUAAAUGUCUAAGGCAUUAGAUGGGCUUCUCUGAAUAUGUAUAUGUGCUAGAUGUAAAAUAGGGUUUAUGACAAAGGGUUUACUUUAUUUAGAUAUUAGAUAAAAGCUGAAAAUACAGUAAUCCUCAUAAAAGAAAAAGAA